AUGUAUGAUUACCACUAUAAUUUUAUGAAGAAACAUUAUGGUCCCAGAUUAGCUCUAAUGUAUACUGACACAGAUUCUCUGAUAUAUCACAUAAAAACCACAGACUUUUAUGCAGACUUGGCGGCCAACCAUAGCUUGUUGGAUAGGAUGGACACCGCCAACCUGCCUCAUGAUCAUCCAUGCUACAUAGCAGAUAGAAAGAAAGAACCGGGUGUCUUUUCUGAUGAGGUGGACGGCAACAUCAUUACAGAGUUUUGUGCGCUGAGGGCAAAAUCAUAUGCCUUCAAUAUAUAUGCUGGACCGGAAGAUGAGGAAAAAGAUGAAGAAGACCGAGUAGAAGGAGAAAAGAUUAAGGCGAAGGGGGUAAAACGACAUGUGGUUAAAAACCACAUGACUCUUGAGGACCAUAAGAAGUGUUUGUUUGGGGAAGAAGGAUUAGAGUUGUAUAAGGAGAAUGUUUCAAUACGGUCAUUCAAACAUCAACUCAUGACGAUUAAGACUAAAAAAUUAACAUAUAGCAGCUACGAUGACAAGAGGGUGGUGUUAGAGGACAAAAUACACACACUGGCUUAUGGACACUAUAGUAUAGAAGAAGAUGACAUAUGGCCAGAACUUGAGGAAGAUGGAGGGAAAUGGGGCGCUGAGGAAAAAGAAUUGAUGAGAGAGCUACAAUGUAUAGCUUAA